UACCGGUUAAAAUAACCUUCGCAAACAGACAUGGGAUUCCAUUGAUACCGCUAGGUUACGAAAAACUGGUAGGAAGUCAGUUAUCUCCGAUAUCUCGCAAAGAAAACAAGCGCUCUUGAAUCGUUUGGUACCAAUUAUUUUGUUUAGUGCGCGAAAUUCUUUCCUGUUCACCCUUCCGUCAAUGUACUUAAUUUAAUAUGGAUUUUAGCAAGAAGUACGAAACCCCAAACCCCGAAGUGAAAGCGAACCCCAUCUCAAAACUAUUGUAUUGUUGGCUGCUCCCUCUUUUUUAUCAUGGAUUUAAAAAAGACUUAGAAGUUAAGGAUCUCUACAAUGUAAACCAAUGUGAUAUAUCGGAAAAAUUAGGAGAUACAAUGGAAAGACAUUGGGAAGAAGAAUGCUUAAGGGCAAAAAAGACAAGCAAAAAACCGGAAUUUAUACGAGUUAUUAGAAAUAUGUUUAUUAAACCGUAUUCGUUAUAUGGAAUAGAACUAUUUUUGCAAUGCAUCGUUUUAAAAAUGGGGCAGCCAUUAGUAUUAGCAGAAUUGAUUAAAUAUUUCGAACCGUCCAGAACUAUGGAACUUUACGAGGGUUGGAUAUGGGCCUUAGGUGUAAUUGGUAUAUCAUUUAUCAAUGUUAUAAUAAUACAUCAUGCAUCACUCGGUCAAGCUCGGAUUGGGAUGCAGUGCAGAAUUGCUACCUGUUCUUUAAUUUACAGAAAGGUACUUCGCUUAAAUAAAGCAUCAACUUCCAAUACGGCCGCGGGACAAGUGGUCAAUUUGUUAUCUAACGAUGUUCUUAGGUUCGACCUUGUGCCUUUAUUUUUGCACUACAUUUGGUUAAUGCCCCUGCAAACGGUAGUUGCAGGUGUUAUUAUGUACAACAGUAUUGGAUAUGCGGCCUUUGCUGGAAUUGCAGCUCUUACCAUACAAGCAGUGCCUUUACAAGGAUAUUUAUCUUAUUUACAAGGUAAACUUAGGCUUAAAAUUGCAAACCGUACUGACCACAGAGUUCAACUUAUGAGUGAAAUCACUGCCGGUAUACAAGUCAUCAAGAUGUACGCUUGGGAAAAACCAUUUGAGGAGUUGGUUAAAAUUGCUCGAAAGUUGGAAAUUGACGUUGUAGCUAUAACGUCCUACAUCCGUGGUUUUUUAGUAGCGCUAAUGGUUUACACAGAGCGUUUCACACUGUUCUUAACUAUUAUAACGUAUGUCCUUCUCGGAAACAGGCUCACCGGCGAUAAAGUUUUCUCAAUGGCUCAGUUUUUCAACACUAUCCAGCUAUAUAUGGCAAUAUUCUAUCCGUUAGCAGUAUCAUUUUUUGCUGAGGCAAAAGUGUCAGUAGGAAGAGUUGAGCAAUUUCUUUUGCAAGAAGAAAUACACAUAAGCCAGGUAUCAAAUCAGUCAGUUAAUUCUGAAGCAUCCACCAAGACUGGCCUGAUCAAGAUUAAUCGGGCCAAAGCGAGUUGGAUACCGAAUCCAAUAGUUGACACUCUGACCAACAUAAAUUUGAAUAUCACACCCGGAACCUUGUGUGCUGUUGUUGGACAAGUGGGCGCCGGAAAAAGUUCCCUGUUGAACUUAAUUUUGAGAGAACUUCCAAUUAACAGCGGAUCUUUAGAAGUUCAUGGAAAUGUAUCAUAUGCUUCACAGGAGCCUUGGCUUUUUGUGUCAACUGUUCGCAAUAAUAUUCUUUUCGGAUUGCCCUAUGUAAGAACUAAGUACAAAAGCAUCGUUGAUGUCUGCGCAUUAAAGAGAGAUUUUGAGUUAUUACAAAACGGCGAUCGGACUUUAGUAGGAGAAAGAGGAGUGUCGUUAAGUGGAGGUCAACGAGCGCGCAUUAAUUUGGCCCGGUCAGUUUACAGAGAGGCAGAUAUUUACUUAUUUGAUGAUCCUUUAUCUGCCGUUGAUGCUCAUGUUGGAAAGCAUCUUUUUGAGCAAUGCAUCGUAAAGUACUUAAAAGACAAAACAAGAAUCUUAGUAACUCAUCAAUUGCAAUUUCUGAAACAUGCCGAUACUAUAGUGAUAAUGAGCAAUGGACAAAUAGAGAAAGUUGGAACUUACGAUGAAUUAAUAAACCAUGAAUUGGCGCACUUGCAAUUUGAAACACCAGAGGAACCAGAAAAGAUUGACAGUCCCUUAUCGACUUCUUUGGUCCGGCAUUUGAGACGAGAGAGCACAGUUGACGAAGACGAAGAAAAUGAACCUCAGGAAACACAAGAGUUAGUGGAAAAAGGUGCUAUAUCCUCUUCAUUAUAUAUGGCAUAUAUACGAGAAGGAGGGCCUAUAGUGUUGUUACUGUUUUUCUUGUUUUUAUUAAUCAUAGCUCAGGUAGCUUGUAAUGGCUCUGAUAUUUGGUUAACAAACUGGACGAAUGCGGAGGAACACCGUAACAUCUCAGAUGAUGAUAACUUUGAUAAAUCAAAUGGAUUCAAUUUCACAAUAUCACCAUCAGACCUAUUUGCGAUAUUAAAUAAGACCAACGAAUCGCGCAAUACAACAAUUUUUGAUGAAGCCACAACUCCAACCUCAAUGGACGAAUUUACAGCUUUAAUUACUGAGGGAUUCCAAAACGAAACGAUUUUACAAAACGCUAAAGGGCAAGACACGGGAACAGCAAUAUAUUCCACUACAACCUACAUUUAUGUAUAUUCGGGGUUGAUUCUGGCUUCCAUUGUAUUGACCACGAUUCGUUCAAUGCUUUUCUUCAAAAUUUGCAUGAACGCUUCAAAAGGCUUACAUAACAUCAUGUUUAGUAACGUCUUAAAAGCGAAGAUGAGAUUUUUUGAUUCCAACCCUUCAGGUAGAAUUUUGAAUCGUUUUUCAAAGGACAUGGGUGCUGUAGAUGAAAUUCUUCCCAAAGCGAUAUUGGAUGCAGUUCAAAUUUUCAUGGUGAUGUUGGGAAUACUUAUAAUGGUAUUUAUUGUACGACCAUGGAUGAUUAUUCCUAGUGUCAUAUUGGCGGCUUUGUUCUACUUUACAAGGGUCAUUUUCUUGGCUAGUGCUCAAAAUAUUAAACGUUUGGAAGGGAUCACGCGUGCUCCUGCAUUCUCGCAUGUAUCCGCUUCACUCUCAGGUUUAGCGACAAUAAGAUCAUCAGGUGCUGAAUUGAUGAUUACAAAAGAAUUUGACUCUAUACAAGACCAGCACACUUCCGCAUGGUUUUUAUUUUUGGCGGCAAGCGAAGCAUUCGGUUUUUAUUUGGAUAUUAUUAGCGUUAUUUUUUUACUAAUACUGACAUUCCAGUUUCUAAUUUUUGAUGACGGAACAACACUAAGUGGCGAUGUUGGCUUAGUAAUAUCACAAUCCCUAAUUUUAACUGGCAUGUUGCAAUUUGGAAUUCGGCAAACUGCAGAAGUGGCAAGUCACAUGACAAGUGUAGAGCGUAUCAUGCAGUAUACAAAUUUGGAUAAGGAAGGGCCUUUUGAGUCAAUAUCGGCAAAGAAACCUCAUAGAGAUUGGCCAAAGCAUGGAGAGGUAGAAUUCAAAAAAGUAAAUUUGUCAUACAUUAGCGGCGAACCAGUACUUAAUAAUUUAAACUUUACUGUUAAACCUGGAGAAAAGGUUGGCAUUGUUGGUAGAACAGGAGCAGGAAAGUCUUCAUUAAUUGCAGCUUUAUUCCGGUUAGCCCCAACUGAAGGUGCUAUUAGAAUAGAUGACGUAGAGGAUAUUGGUGAUAUAGGAUUACAUGAUUUACGAAGUAACAUUUCAAUUAUUCCACAAGAGCCAGUAUUAUUUUCAGCAACAUUAAGGCAUAACUUAGAUCCCCUAAGUAAGAGUGACGAUGAUACAUUGUGGACAGCCCUAGAAAAUGUUGAAAUGAAGCAAAUGGUAAAUAAUUUAAGCAUGGAAGUAAAGCAGGGCGGUGCGAACUUUAGCAUUGGCCAAAGACAAUUACUCUGUUUAGCGCGAGCUAUAAUUAGAAAUAAUAAAAUCUUAGUUAUGGAUGAGGCUACAGCCAAUGUGGAUCAUCAAACUGAUUCCUUAAUACAAAAUACUAUUAGACGUAACUUCAAAGACUGCACAGUAUUAACAAUAGCUCAUAGAUUAAAUACAGUUAUGGAUUCCGAUAAGGUGCUGGUGAUGGAUGCAGGCCAAGCGGUUGAAUUCGCUCACCCGCACGAAUUACUUCAAAAUCCAAGCGGUUAUCUUACAAGUAUGUUGAAAGAGACGGGACCAGGAAUGGAGAAUAAACUACGUCAAAUAGCAGCAAAUUCUUAUAAUAAUGUAAUUAGUGCUAAUGAAAGUAAUACCAUAGAAAAUAAUGGUGAUAACGCAACUUAAUAUUUCUUAUGAACUUUUUAUUACAUUUAUGUUAGUCCAUGUACUUAUUUAGAUCUCGUUUUUGUAGUCAGAAGAUAAACUUUAUUUAGCACAUUAAGGCUUUGUAUUAAUUAAUGGGCAUAUAAAGCUUGUCAUUGGUA